GAUGACUAAAGUACUGGUGGUCCGGUAGCUAUUGCUAGUCAGUAACAGCAGCGUUAGUCAGCUAAAUGACAGAUCUAAGUUUGAGGCCAGACAGCGUUGUUCGUCGCUUGUCUGUCGUCAGUAUAUUGGCCAGGGUCAGGAUAGCUUUGUUUAUUUGGCUGAAUGUUCUUUUUCUGGCUAGACAUGGUCAGCCUUGACCGUUAGAGUUGCUUGUUUAUUUGCUGCAAGUUAGAAUUAUGUUAGCAGUUGGUGUGGAUACCUUAUCAGGCUAAUUUAGGAUAAAGCCCUCGCGUGUAGGAUGUCAUCUUUCCAGUUUCUGGAACGUCUUUGAGUCAUAAUUUCAUAAAGGGCAGAGACUCGACGCGGCAGCAGAGGAGGAUGCAGAGGUACUUGUGCGCUAGAGCUAUGAGGCAGGCUGAUGCCUUGCACCACCUGCUCCUGGGACCCCCCUCCCGAACCAGCAGGACCCUGACCAGACCCUGGGACCCACCCAGGCUGAACUCCAGCCCUCGCUAUUUAAACACAUCAGCGGCGAUGUGGACUUCAGCCCCGCAGAAAGCUAGCCCAGGCGGGGCUGAGCAGCCCGGGAAGCCUUCUGAACAGGAGGAGCAUGAAAUAGACCCUCUGCAGGACAAGUCCAUUGGCUUGGUGCAGAGAUUUAAGAGGACCUUCAAGCAAUACGGCAAGGUGAUGAUACCUCUGCACCUCCUGACAUCCUCAAUGUGGUUUGGGACAUUCUACUACGCUGCCAUGAAGGGAGUGAAUGUAGUGCCAUUUCUGGAGUAUAUUGGAUUUCCCGAAAGGCUUAUUAAACUUCUAGAAAAUUCUCAAAGUGGCUACGCUCUAACUGCAUACGCGUUGUACAAGAUUGCCACUCCAGCGAGAUACACUGUGACCUUGGGUGGAACGUCACUCUCUGUGAAGUAUCUGCGGCAGUAUGGCUACCUCUCCACCCCUCCGCCAGUCAAAGAAUACCUCCAGGAGAAGAUGGAGGAAACAAAAGAGAGGUUAUCUGAGAAAAUGGAGGAGACCAAGGAUCGCUUCUCCGAGAAAAUGGAGGAGACCAAGGAUCGCUUGUCCGAAAGGAUGGAAGAAACCAAGGGGAAGUUCUCCGAGAGACUGCAAGAGACCAAAGACAAAGUGUCUUUUCGUAAGAAAAUCGACUAGGUGUCCGUUUUUGUUUUGCUGGCCUGUGGAAGGCCAUGCUAAAAAUAACAGAAGGCUAUGGAACUUGGCACUAAAGACUGAAUCAGAUGCCUCGAAGUAAACAAUAGUCACACACCACACAGGCUCACAAACACACACAGAUUUGUCCACUGCAAAGUCGCUGCUCCCUCGAGAGGUUUUGGAAAGAAUUUUGAACUCUGUUAUGAGGAAUUGCAACAUGUGCUUUCAAAAAGUCAUGUUGAUAAGAUUCCCCCUCUCCAUCUCUUGAAUCCUGCAUCUCGUUCUUUGGAAAUGCUUUCAUGGUCACCAUUUAGCUAUAGUGUUUAGACACAGGUCUGUCAGGGUCCUGACACGAUACAUUUCAGAGUUUUCCUGCCCUUGAGCAGGCACAAGUGCUAUUGUCCUCAGAUAUUUUUGGAAAUGCAAAGAAUUAUUUUUGUUUGUGAACGAGUUAAGAGAGUGACUAAUGUAUGGAACCAGAUGAUGAGUUUUGUUGUGUGCUGUGACAGUCUGAACAUUUAGAAACCCAUUGAGUCCCAUUUGGGUCAAGUUAGUGCAAACGGCCCUACAGUCAAAAUAUCCCACUCAUACAAAAAUCAUAUAAAUCAGAAUUAAACUUAAAUUUUACAGAAUUAGUUUAAGUAAAUGAUGUGCAGUAGUCCCAAGAUUGCUUAUCUCUUAAAUGUUAUAAAAGAGGAGUGGUAACUCCAUUUACUACAGAAGUUCUAUCAGAUCAUUAAUUUAACAAGUAAAUGUAUAUUUAAUGACAUAAUUGUUUUUUUCUUUAUUGCAAGUUAUUCUCUGCAGGCUUCGAACUAUGGACAACCCAACGUUUUCUUUCGUUGUAGCCUAAUUUGUAUUCUGUUUUUCCCUUAAUGCCAUUUAAAGGCUCAUGAUCACAAGUGUUAAUUUAGUUGUGGCAAAAUGGUGUUACACUGAGGUUGUUAGGGCAAACCAGCCUUGAAUUUCUUAUCUAGCCUUUGAUUUCUCAGCCUUCUGUGUUUGUUUGUCAUUUUGUCUCCACCUCCUGACAAAUAAAUCGAUUAUUUAUUUCA